CCGAAAUAGUGCGGAUCCUCUGCGAGAAUGGAUACAUGAAAUUGUAUAUUUAUUUCUUAAUUUUUUGUGAAUAGGCCAAGUGGCAAAAGCCUGGGAUUCGUCACUUUCGCCUGAACAGCUAUGGCUGCUCGGAGACAAUGGGAUAAUACUGGACGUCUGUUUUUCGCUCUUCUUUGUCUCUGCGAAUGGUCCGUGGCUCAGAUAUCCUAUUCCGUUUCAGAAGAGGUGGACAAAGGCACAGCGGUGGGAAACCUCGCUAAGGAUUUAAAUCUGAAUGUUCAGCAGCUCCAAUCCGCGGGUCUUCAGAUUACGUCCGUGUAUAAACAACGGUAUUUUGACAUAAACCAUGAAUCUGGAGUACUUUUUGUUAACGAGAGGAUAGAUCGGGAGGAGCUUUGUCCUGACACGGUAAAGUGCUCUUUAAAUAUAGAGGCCAUACUGAGCAACCCUCGCAGCCUACAUCGAAUUGAAGUUGUCAUAAAUGAUAUUAAUGACAAUGCCCCGUCUUUUCAGGAAGAAAUGUGUACAAUUGAUAUGUAUGAGUCUUCUUAUGCCGGGGAAAGAUAUCCACUACCGAUAGCUCAUGAUGCAGACGUCGAUGCAAACUCGGUCAAGACUUACAAAUUAAAUCCAAAUGAUUAUUUCUCUUUGGAUAUACAGAGCAAUGGUGACCAGAGUGUGUCUGCUGAAUUAGUGCUGCAGAAAGCAUUAGAUCGAGAAAAACAGGCUCUUAUUGAACUCACUCUGACUGCGAUAGACGGAGGAAAGCCUCCCAAAACGGGGACAUUACAGAUAAACGUGAAUGUUCUGGAUGUAAAUGACAAUCCACCCGUGUUCAGUAAAUCUCUCUACAAGGUCCAAGUGGUAGAAAAUGCAAAUGUUGGCACAACGUUAUUAACGCUCACUGCAACCGAUUUAGAUGACGGUGUUAAUGGUCAGAUAAUAUAUUCGUUUACAGAAAAGGGGCGAUUAAACCCUGAUGACAAAUUUUCCCUAGAUGAUAAUACUGGAGAAAUUACCGUAAAGGCAAAUAUUGAUUACGAGCAAAAUCAAGCAUAUGAGAUUCGUGUUCAAGCACGAGACAAAGGCACUCCUCCUCGCAGUGCACACAGCAAGGUUUUAGUCGAAGUCAUUGAUGUGAAUGACAACGCUCCGGAGAUCUCGGUGUCAUCACUCAUGAGUCCAGUGAAAGAGGAUGCUGAAAUAGGCACAGCUGUCGCUAUGGUGACGAUCACCGAUAAAGACGGAGGCAAAAACGGCGUGACAAACUGUAAGAUAACAGGUUCUGCGCCAUUUAAGUUAAAAUCAAACUAUAAAAACUACUAUUCGUUGUUAGUUGACGGGCCUCUCGACAGAGAGAGUGUUUCCCAAUAUAAUAUAUCAGUUGCAGCCACAGAUGAAGGAACGCCUUCUCUGUCGAGCACAAGCGUAAUUACGAUUCAAGUUUCAGAUGUAAAUGACAACCCCCCUCAAUUCCUGGACUCUUUUAUCAAUGUCUAUGUGAAAGAGAAUAGUCCGAUUGGAACUACUAUCCAUAAAUUGGCCACACUCGAUUUAGAUUUACAGGAAAACGCAAAAUCAACGUAUCAUUUAAUUAACAGCUCACCAAAAAGCAUGCAGACGACUUCAAUGAUGGUGAACUGA